UUUUCUUUUUUUAGGAUAAAAAAGCACAAGUCUCCAAAUCCUAGCAGCCUACGGAUUUCUUCUACUCAUUUCAUGACAUAAUUACUGUCACCUAUUUAAGAAAGAUCUCAUAAUUUCUUCAAACGCCGUUGUGUUUCUGUGUUGGAAACGAUGGACGUGAAGAACCUUGUCGAUGUCUCCUCUUCGUUUCUCUUCGAAGCCACCGGGGAUUCCGAGGCAGCUGUUUUGGAUCCUGGAAUGCCUGAUGUUAACCAUGCAAAUGAGGACGAUGGUGGUGAUGCCGGUGGUGAUGAUGAUGAUGCAGGAUCUUGUAUCUGUGAUGCAUUGGAGAUCCAUACGGUGAGUAAGAUCUAUGAGGGUAGUGAGGUUCGCCAAGUCAGUGACGAUGAGGAAGAGGAGGAAAAUGGUGAAGUGGUGGAGCAGGAUGUUCGAGGGUGGGAUAAGGACCAACAUACUGGGUUGCAAAGGGAGCAGACAUCAAGGGUUUCUGGUGAUUCGAAGAAAACAAUGGAUGAGAGGGAGAAGAGCAAGCUGUUUUGGGAAACUUGCUUGGCAUCUUGAAUCUGGUCUCAUAGAUUUAAAGUCAUGACUCUGAUUUCACAUUUUUCCCUUUUACUUUCCACGGAUUACUGUUUAAUGCGUCACCAACUGUACAUAUGAUAUCGUUUCUACAUGCAAAGAGAGUUUGUUUCAGUCUCCAUCGUUUUUCUUGUUUCUGUUUUUUUUUUUUUGAACAUUUUGUCAUGGGACCGGCUCGAACCGUUACCUUAGGGGAGGGGACAUGAAUCUUACAGGAGUGACCAAAACCACUUGGCCCGGAAGGUCAGGUUACUGUUUUUUGUUUGUUUUAGUGACACAAAAUAGUAUGUAAUCCAUUAUUGAGUUCAGAAAACGGGUUUUCAAUCCCAACUUGCAAUUUUUUUUUUCUUCAAACAAUCAUAGUCAUUGAAUGUAAUAGAAAAUAGUUGUAAAGUGGAAAUCCAAUGUAAAAGAUAACGCUCCAUUGUUUCGUCAACAGGAAACAUAUUUUUGAAAAUAGCAAAAAGCUUGCUUCACUCGCUCUAGUUUUGUAAAGAUCUAUUGGUUUGUUUGUUUAUUUUAAUAGAUUCUCUGCUUUUCU